ACGUUUCGAACCGUAGGUAGCAAUGUCAAAUCAGUACUGCAAUUGCAGUCAAUAAUAACAAGUUGCGCUGGAACAGAGAUAAGUUAUAAAUUUAGAUUAACUAAUUUAAGUAGUGUUUAAGUGAUCCAGAAUGGCUAAUCUCCUAGAUAUUGACAGUCCCUUCAUCAAAAAGGAAAAAGCAUGCAAAAUAUGUGGCGCCUCCGAGGGGGAUAUGGAAUCGAUGUUCUGCCGGCCGGAUGAUUCCAAGUUGCUAAAUAAAAUUUACAAAUGCACCCGGGUUGAGGUAACUCCGGUGUGUGGAUUGAUUUCACCGAUAUGCGAAAGCUGUCGGAAACGAAUCGAUGCCUUCGAUGAGAACGCCAAACCGAAGGUGGUUGAGUUCGUCAUCAAGGAUGAACCGGCCCAGGGUGGGCUGGACUAUGAUCCGCUUGGCUGCCAGGAUCCUAUGGCUAUGGAUCCGAUGGCCAUGGAUCCGAUGGCCAUGGACCCUGCCCCAUUGGAUGAUUCUGAUAAACGCAGGAAAAGUAUUUCCGAGGAUGAUGAUUUCGAUGAUCGUCACGAUUAUAAUGAUGACGACCAUAGCGAUCAUUUCCAGGAUUUGAGCAUAAAGUUGGAAAUCGAUCUGCAAGAUGCACCAGUUGAGAAAUCAGAAACGGGAGAAGCAGCAUUGGCAAAAAAGGGCGAGCCUGUGAAGGUGAAAGGUCGUCGAGGUAGAAAACCCGGCUGGCGGAAAAACAAAGAUGAAUCCAGUAAGGCAAAACAAGAACUUACGAAAGACAACGAAAAAGAGAAUGUUCCAAGGCCACGCCUUCCAAGAAAGACUACCGAAAAGGUGAAAAGCAAGUCAGGUGACAAUUCCAGCGAUUCGGAAUGGGGUGAAGGAAAUGAUUAUCGAGAUGAUGGCGACAACGAUGAUGUCAAGUACGAUAGCGGUGAUAGUUCGGACGAUGAUAAACCUCUUAAGAAGAGAAAAGAGAAAAAGAAAUCCGAAGCUCCAGAUGGGAUUUCGGGCAAGAAGAAAAUCGGUCGGCCCCGGAAGGAACGUCUUGAGGGUGAACCAACGAAAGUACCCACCGAAUGCGAAAUCUGUGGUCGCUUUGUGUCCUACAUGAGAGAGCACAUGCGGACACAUCGGGCCGACAAACAGCACAAAUGUCCUUACUGUGAUCGAUUGUUCGUGCAGGCAAAUAAUCUGAAGUAUCACAUACGGAAACAUCUUGGCGAAAAACCGUUCGUCUGCGAAGUUUGCAACAAAAGCUUCUACUGUGCUUCGCAUCUGAAAUCGCACAUGAGAGUUCAUGGUCCUCAAGGUUUGUAUCAGUGUGACAAAUGUCCUAAGACGUUUAACCAGGAGUGUAAUCUCAGGAAGCAUCUUCGCGUCCACAGCGGCGAAAAACCGUACAAGUGCAACCGGUGUCCGAAAGCAUUCAAUAGCACCUCGAAUCUGAAAAAUCAUCAACGGUUGCACGCCGACGAGAAAGCGUUCACCUGUGAGCACUGUUCGAAGAGUUUUGUCGACAUUCACCAUCUGCAGCGGCACAUCCGUGUGCACACCGGACAGCGACCGUACAUUUGUCACGUGUGUUGCAAUGCUUUCUACUGCCAGAACGGAAUCCGGGAGCACCUGAAGACCCACAUUCCGGAGCGAAACUCACGGAAAGCGGAACAAGUAGGUUAACUGUCGAGAGCCAUUUAUUAAAUUUACGUUAAGAAAUUCUUAA